UUCUAUGCUUGUUUUCAGUUUCUUUUGUGUAUCAAUUCUUUGAACUUGAGAAUUUUAUGAAAACCGUGAUGCACAGAGAUAGGACAGAGGGCAAUGGUGUGUAAGCAGGUGUGCCUUCAGCCGAACUGCAAUGGUGGUGAUGCACAAUGAGAUGGAGUUGAGCUUACAACGGGCGUGGUAGCAAGGGUGAGGUUUUGGGCAGUGGGUGAUUGCAGGGGCAGAGGUGUUAUGGUGGGGUGGACUUACUAGAUAACCCAUUUUGGGCAAUGGCAAUUUACAGUAAUAGCAGUUUGGUGUUGGGUGGUGCAGCACGAUAAUGAGAGAUGAAGUUGACGUGAGGUUGAGAGUGUUGAACCUUUGAUUUGAAGCAAAAUCCCAGCAAAGUGCCACCGAUUUUGCUAGACUUUCCAAAGGAGAGGAGAGGAGAGGAGAGGAGGAGUGGGGUGGGGUGGGGAGAAAUGGUAGGCCACAGGGAUCGACAGGAAAAGAGAUUAUCUACCUAAAUUCCGACCCCAAGUAAUCAAACCUAAAACAACCCCAGAACAAUCCCACCCCAUCAAAACACCACUAACCAAACGGCGCCUCACUAGAAUCAAACCAACUUGGGAGAUUGCGUCUGAUGUAGUCACCGUUAGGGUAUAAUCGCGAAAGCCUUUGAUCAUUUGACAGAAAGAAAAUCAAAACAAUUGGUCGGCCGUCAUUUGCCUCAACGCUCUAUAAAGCACCGCCUCUUCCCCUACCACCUCCUUAGCUCCGCUUCGUCUCGUCUUGCGACUGAGACCCAGAAACGCCUACAUUGCAGGUUGCAAAGCUCUUGUUUCUCGUUUGGAUAUCCUGGAUCCUGGUUCGAUUCAUCGUAACUGUUCCCAUCGCAAGAACCCUAGACCAAUUGUACCUCUGGUCUGGGGUUUAGCAUAUCUGAUUAAAUCGCAAUUAACUGGUGGAGCAUAGUUACAGUUUUUCCUACAGGCAAGGUUGUUUAUCACAGAAAUUGGUAAUCUGUGUGAUGUGUUCAAAAGAAAGCAAAGGGAAGUUAAGGAUAGUUACUGACUCUUCUGGGUUCUGAUAGGGGAGGACUUCUGCCAUCACUCACGUAGGCUGAAUAAUCUGAUGUGCAACGGGAGGUGAACAAAAAUUGCCUCCAUCAACAUGGGAUUUGAUAACGAGUGUAUUCUGAACAUUCAGUCUCUUGCUGGUGAAUAUUUCUGUCCUGUUUGUCGCUUGCUUGUGUACCCAAAUGAAGCCAUACAGUCACAGUGUACUCAUUUAUACUGCAAGCCUUGCUUAACAUAUAUUGUAAGCACUACGCGUGCCUGCCCUUAUGAUGGCUACCUGGUCACUGAAGCGGAUUCAAAGCCUCUCAUGGAAUCAAAUAAAGCUCUUGCUGAAACCAUAGGUAAAAUAGUUGUUCACUGUCUCUAUCACAGGAGUGGAUGCACAUGGCAGGGUCCAUUAUCCGAAUGCACUUCACAUUGUGCUGGAUGUGCCUUUGGCAUUUCCCCUGUGGUAUGCAACAGGUGUGGUACCCAAAUUGUGCAUCGGCAAGUGCAAGAACAUGCACAGAACUGCCCGGGUGUGCAGCCUCAGGCACAACAAGCAGAGGGUGCCCAGGAUACAUCCUCUGCACCAGGUGCUGCAACUGCAACUGCAACUGCAACUGAACAGAACCAAGCUGGUGUUCCAGCAGGGGCACCAACAUCUCAAGCCCAGGCUGGCCAGUCGUCCCAGGUCACUGUGGCUCUUGUGUCUGGAGAAGAUCAAAAUCAAGCCAGUGCCAGUGCUCAACCUCAAGCUGUAGCGCAGGCUAUGCCAACUCCAGAGCAGUGGUAUCAGCAGCAGCAACAACAAUACCAACAAUACUAUCAGCAGUACCCUGGGUAUGGUAUCUAUCAACAGCAUUAUCAACAUUAUGAUCCAUACCAACAACAAGCACAGCAGCAAUAUCAGCACCAACACCCACAAGCUCAUCCCCCACAUAUAGCUGGACAGCAUCCUCCCCAGGUGUAUGUGCAACCCCAGGCCCAACCUCAGUCUCAGCUUCAAUCUCAGGUCCAGCCACCAGUGCAACCUCCACCUCAGCCACAUACCCAGUCUCAAUCUCAUGCACAGCCCCAAGCUGUAGCGGCCGGGCAACCUCAAAUGCAGGGACAGGUCAACUCUCAGCAGCAACUUCAAUUACCUCAACCACCUCCCCAAGGGAACCAAUAUCCUCAGCCAUAUUCACAGGCUCAGCCUCAUCCACAGCAACAGCCAGUUCAGAGUUAUCCUCAAGUGCAACAUUCACAGCCCCAUCCUCAUCCUCAGCCAUAUGUUCAUCCACAUUCCCAGCCCCCGCCCCAGCCUCAGCCUCAGCCUCAGCCUCAGCCUCAGCCUCAGCCACAACAUCUACCAGUCCAUGCGGUGACAGGCCACCAAUCCUAUCCACAACAGCAGCCUCACCAACAAUUGCUGCCAGGUGCCCCUCAACAUCAUGGUUACAUGAACCCUCAGCAGCAAGGUGUGACCCACCAACCACAACAUCCUGUUCAAAUGCAGAGUCAGUUUCCUCAUCAGCAACCAUCACAAAUACGUCCACCCCAAUUUCAUGGUCCAGUGCAACAGCCGCAACAGCCAGCCAUGUUGCCUCAGCAGGGUCAGCAUCCAAACAUUCCUCCUGUGCAACAGCCACAACAUGCUCAUGCUGGUCAAUCAUUACAUCAGCACCCUGGUAUGCUCUCACCCCAACAACAACCUCCUGUGCUUCAGCAACAGGUGCAACAGUUCCAACAACAUGCCCCUGGGCAUUCACAUCCAUUCCCUGGGCAAACACCAGGUUUGGUCCACAAUCAGGAUCAUCAACAAGGUCCUUCGAUGCAGCAGCAACAGCACCCCAUGCAGUCUCAUUUGCGCCCUCUGCAGCAACAAGCUUAUGGCAAUCCUCAGUUGCAGCAGAAUGCUCCACUGGGACAUGGCUUACAGUUCCAGCCAUAUCAAAAUCUUGCUGGAAGGCCUAUGAUGCCAAGUCAUGGGGUGCCACAACAGCCAUUUCCAGAGUCUCCUGGAAGACCUGCAGGGAUGGGUUUUGUCAAGCCGAUGCUUCCUGGUCCGAAUCAACCAUCUCAAAAUCAAAAUUAUCCAUCGAGGACAGGCAUACGCCCACAAUCAUCUUCUGAACUGCUUGGUUACAUUCAACAGCCUGCAUUUUCACAAUCUGGCAGCCAGAAUACCCUGCUUCCUGCUUUGCCCACAGCACAGUCGGGGACAAACAUUUCAGCAGCUGCUGGACGAAUCACAUCAAAGCAAACAUCUUUUAAUAAACCAAGUGAUUCCAUGCCUGAGAAAAGUACAAAUGAGCUUGAAAAUGAAACAUCUGUCAAGACUGGUGGAAAGGAAGGAAAUGAUUCAAUUACCUCAUCUUCUCAAGAUGUUGAUGCAUCUGAACUAAGGGUUCCCAAGUCUGAAAGUGAUUUGAAAUCUGUGGUUGACAAAGAGAAGCUUGUUGAUAAAGAUGAAGAUAAGAACAACCAGUCUGAUUUGUCUGUUACGGAGAGUCUGGGCUAUUUGCAGGCAGUGGGAAAAGACCCUGAAUCAAUGUCACAGGAAGAUGCAUAUGAGGAACCUGUAAUUAAGCAGAUAGUGAAGGAAGAAGGUGGUGAGAAGUCAUCAGAGCCUUCUCCAGGUGGGGCUAAGAGCAAUGAGGAUGUUAAUGGUGGUCCCAAGGAGAAUUCUCUUUUGGAAACUAAGGAAAUUCAUGAUGCCCCUAAAAUGGAGAUGACUGAAGGACAGGAUGUGAACGUGCCAAUGAGUGGAGCUGCAGCGUCCUUUCCUGCUGGUGCAAGAGGUAACUCACUGAUUCUUCCUCACCAUGGCUAUCAGGAUAGAAAUUCAUCCCAAGCCAAUUUUGCUCGACCUGCUUCUAGCCAACAGCCAAUGCAUUAUGGAGCUCCUUACCAGCAAAGACCUCCUGGGCCAGAUCGGAUUUUACCAUCAUUAGUGCCUCCACAUCAAAUGCAUGUGCCUGGGCAACCUCUAGCUCAAAUGAGGCCUCAGGGGUAUAACUCCCAUUUAAAUUUACCACAACAAGGUCAGCCAUCAAUUCCAUCCGAACAUUUCCAGCAACCAAUGGUGGAGCAGCCUCAUGGUACUUUCCAUGCUGCAAGCCCAGGUUCCUCAGCAUUAUUCGGGAGAGGCCCAGCUCAUCUUGGUCCUCUCCAGAAAGGUCUUGAACCACAAUCUAUGGUGCUUCAAGGGUAUCACAACCAAGGUAUUGUUCCCCAAACUCAUGCUGGAGGUCCCAGAAUUCCUCAAGUUGAGUCCAUGAGAGGAGCCCCAUUGGGUGGGCCAUCACCUGGGGCCUUUGAUUCACUUGGAGCGAUGAUGGUGAGAGGACCUCCACCUGGUAUUGAGGGUCAGAUGGGUCAGCCAUGCCCUACUAAACCUACUGGAGUUGAAAUGCAUAUGAAUAAGAGGCCUGGCCAGUUUGAUGGUAGACAACCUGAUUUGAAUGUGUCUGGACCUGCAGAACGAGUUCCGUUUGGGCCGUCCUCUAUCCAAUCUAAUACGAUAAGAACGAAUGGAGUCCCAGGAAAGGGUGUGGCUGCUGGUGUACAGGACCCAUCAUUGCCACAUGGUUUUCAAGAGGAAAGGUUCAAAUCGUUGCCAGAUGAGAGAUAUAAACGGCUGCCAGAUGAAGGCUUUAUUCAGCUAUCAGAUGAGCGCUUCAAGCCUUUUGCAAUGGAACCAGGUAGGAGCAUGAUCGAUCGAAGAGAGUUUGAGGAAGAUCUCAAGCAGUUUCCGAGGCCAGCUCAUCUAGAUGAGUCUGGUCCUAAGUUUGAAAGUUAUUUUUCCUCAUCAAGGUCUCACGGCUUUUGCAUGGAUGCAGCGCCAAGGCCCCUCGACAGGGUGCCUGUUUUUGGUCGUGAUGCUGGAUCCAAGUUGGACGCUGCUACUUCAAGAUUGCCUCCCUAUCAACCUGGUGGUUCUUCUACACAUCCUUUUGAUUCAGAAGAAAGAGCUAGGCCAGCUGGCCUUCAUGAUGAUAAUAUUGGAAGAAAGGUGGAGCCUGCUGGAGGUCACUCAGAUUUCCUUACAUCUGUCUCUGAAUUAGGUCGGCAUCGUGUGGAUGGUAUGGGACCUGCAAGAAGUCCUGGCAGAGAAUACCCCGCCAUUCCCUCAAGCAGAUUUGGAGGCGUUUCUGCUGGUCUUCCAUUGGGUUCUCAGUCACACCUGGAGAAUAUUGAUGACCGAGAAUCAUGUGUUUAUGGUGAAAGAUCUAAGCCUUUCAAUCUUCCUUCAGAUUCAGUUGGUGGUGCAUUCCAUGAUAGUAGGUUUCCCAUGUUGCUUGGUCAAGUGCGAAGAGGUGACUCCAAUGCUCCUGGGUACCUGCGAAUUAGUGAGCACAUUGGAUCUGGUGCACUGCCUGUCCAUUUAAGGAGUGGUGACUUGGGUGGUUCAGAAAUUCUUCCUGGUCAUCUGUGGAACCGUGAACCUUUUGUACCUGAUAGUUUAAGUCAUUUGCGGGGAGGUGGACCUUUGGGUCCACGUAACUUGCAUGGCCAUUUGAGGAUGAAUGACCCGGCUGGUUUUGGUGCUUUCACCGGUCAUUUACGUUUUAGUGAGUUGCCUGGGCCUGGGAAUUUGCCUUCACAUCUUCGAAUUGGAGAAUCAAUUGGGGGACGCCUUAGUGAGCCUGGACGUGGGGGCAUCUACCCUAUCCAAGGAUUUCCAAAUGAUCACGGUUUUUUCCCUGGAAUGGGUGUAUAUGGUUUAUAUUUACUUUGUAUGGGCUCGGCUGUCCUCUGUCUCUUCUAUUCAUCAUUGUCAAUUCUUCAGGGUGACACAGAGUCCUUUGAUCACUCAAGAAAGAGGAAGUCUGGAAGCAUGGGAUGGUGCCGUAUAUGUAAAAUUGAUUGUGAAUCAGUGGAAGGUCUGGACUUGCAUUCCCAAACGAGAGAGCACCAAAAGAUGGCAAUGGAUAUGGUCCUGAGCAUCAAGCAGGACAACGCCAAGAAACAGAAAUUAGCUUCGGAUGACCAUGCAGUUGAAGAUGCAAGCAAGUCCAGGAAGGCCAAUUUUGAGGGUCGUGGUAAUAGGCAUUAAGUUGGGCAAUGCUACUGCAAUUUUGUUCAAACUGUCAAUGUUGGACGGAACUUGAUUGGUUGCUGAAUGGAAGUCAAUUUUUUUUUCUUCAGUAAUUUUGCAUCGGAUACAUGUUGCUGCCCUGUUUAAUGGAGAUGGUUCUUUGGAAUUGAAGUUUCUGUGGCAAGUUAAGUUGUUUAUAAACGUGACUUCUUUAGCUUGCUCGUGAAUAUUUUUAUUCAACAUUAUCCUUAUUUUGAUAGUGUAUUGAGCUGUGGUUCUACUGCAAUUUAUGGUACAAAAUUUCGGCGUUUGGUAGAUAUAUGCUUUUGUUAAGUGCUAAUCUUAUUUUUUGUGUUCCAACUUCCAACCUAUCUUUUCAGUUAGCUUUGUAACUUCAGUGGAACGGAAUUAAAUGCUUUCCUGGGCUUUAUAAUCUCUGUUUUCCUCAUAGUUCUUAGGUCUUUUCCUGGUAUGUUCUCUGCCCUCACUGGAGCCCUAGUUAUAUGAGCACAUUCUUGCUGAUUCA